CACGAAUGGUCACGAAUGUGAAUCGUAGUUUUGGACGGAACUGUGCGAGUAUUAACGGAGAAAAGGGGAUUUCCCUGUUUGUCAACCACAGUGAGAUGCAAGGAAGCCAACGGUAGAUGAGCCAAAUCAGGGAGUCUAUUUGUCUUAAAUAGACUCCCUAGUCAUAUAGUAGUCAAAUGCCAUGACCUCUCAUUGUUGGUGACAGAUUCGGUUCACAGGUUUAACCAUCCAUUGGUUUGGAAACGGAAACAGAGACAAAAUGGAUCGGAAACGGAAGGCCGAUGAUCCGUGUGAUGUCACAGUGCCGAAAAAGUCAAACUUACGUGAUGUCACAGACAAGAUGGAUCGGAAACGGAAGGCCGAUGAUUCCGGUGAUGACACAGUGCGGAAAAAGGCAAACUCAGGCGAUGUCACUGAAGAAUGUUUGUCAUCAGUUGAUGAUGAGUUACCAACACCACAGGGAUCCAGCCAAUCCACCUCACACGAUGCUAUGAACUGCUCUGUGACUGGUAUGACUGGUGGAACAGCCAUCAAUAGUAAAGUGGCAGGUGUGAUUUAUGAAGCAGCUGAAUGUUCACUUCUUCAACAUCUUAUUGCAGGGACCAGCCUGAAGAUCAGAUCAAGAGAUUCCACAAAACAUGUUCCAACCUACACGGAGAGGGCUGCCUACAGACAUCUGAAGGCGUGUGGCAGUGUCAUCAUCAGGGGAAGGUCAGGGUCAGGGAAGUCACAUCUGGGGUAUACCUUGUUAGAAAGGAUUGCAAAAUCAUCUUCAAGGAUACCGCUGAAGGUAUCGUCACCAGAUGAGUGGAAUUACAUACACAAAUCAAGUACUUCCGAUGAAAAGUUUGUUGUUCUGGUUGAUGACAUUUUUGGGAGAACUAAUUUGAUCCAAUCAAGUCUUGAAGAGUGGAGGAAAAAGUUUGAUGUAGUGUGGCCAUUUGUGGAGUCUGGACAGAUAUGGUUAGUGGUUACGUCACGGCCAGAAAUCAUUACUCAAGGUGAACCAGAAAUAUUUGGAUAUGAAGUAAUAAAUAAGUCAAAAGAGAUCAUUCUUGAUGACGGAGUGUAUCGUCUCCGAGAGGAAGAAAAACUACAGUUCCUUGACAAGUUGUGUGGAAAAUAUGUAAGAAAGGAAGACAUGAAAGAAAUAGCCAAUAUGGACACUGCUUUGGGAUUUCCACAAUGCUGUACAUUUUUCGCAACAAAUAAAGAGGCAAGGUCUAAAGGAGUGGAAUUUUUCAAGAAACCUUUUGAAUUUAUCAAAUAUCUGAUUGACUGUGUUAAGAAUGAUCAGCCUGAAGUAUAUUUUGUAUUGCUGUUGGUUUUCAUGAAUGAAGGACGUCUUUCUAUGGAAGAGUUCAUGUCAUUAGAGCAUGAGGAGAAAUUCGAAAUGCAAUAUAAGACCCUAAAGAAAUUUUGUAGGUUAAAGGAAGCUUGUCCUUCCACGGCUGACAUAAAAUGUACGGCGGAGUCUGUCUGUGGAGUGUAUCUUUGUCAUUCAGACGAUUGUUUCCAGUUCUCACACAGGUCAAUAUAUGAUGUCAUGUUUGUAGCCCUGUGUGAAGCUUGUCCUGAUUUAGGUAUCAGAAUGAGCACACCACUCAUGCUGCUAGAAUUUAUUCGAACUAGUGCACAGAAAGAAGAGGGAUGGAAACAAGGAAAUGUUGUUUUUCUUGCUAAAAAGAAAUAUCCAAUUUUGGUUGUUAAAGUCAGGGAGUAUCUGUCAAAUGAGAACAAUCGAUACAUUAUAUUGUCUCACCCAGCUUUACAAGACACAGAGUUCUUACAUGUGGUAUUUCAGGAAUGGGAAGCUGAUGACAUAUAUCAACUGUCCAGGCACAAGGGAGAGAAAGUCGUCAAGGACAUUGCUAUACCUCUGAGUAAAAAACUAGGUAUGCCCCAAACUGUGAACAUUCUUGAAUAUUGCUUGUUUCUAUCCCAUGUUAUCAUGAGUUGUAGGAAGGAGUUUGCUUUAAGUUUGAUCCAGUCACUCUGUGGAUAUGAAUCCGAGGAUAUCCAGCCUAUUUUCAAUGAAGCCUUGCUUUGUGCAGUGUUUACUUGUCAGAAUGACUUGGUGAAUGCCCUUCUUUCAAAUGGAGCUAAACCAAACAAGUUGUGUUUUCGAGCACUUUGUAACUCACCAAGAAUAGAUCCAAAUACCUCAACCACUAUUACUCGUCAGAUAGAAUGCAAUGCAACUGAUCUGAAACUGCUGUUAGUUCUUGCGAUUUGUUGCUGUAAUAAAACAGUGAUCCGGGUUUUAGUUCAAAGACUCACUGCUCAAAGUGAAGACCACAAACAGUUUUACAGCCAUUGCAUAGAGAUGUUGCUAAGAAUCAAUGGUAAUGGACACAUGGAUGUUACUGAAAUGAUGACAAAUACUGGAAGUGAUAUACUUGAAGUGAUGACGCUUCUUGAAGAAGGAGGUGGAAAACUGGAUUCCAGAAAAAUUAGCCUUGCAUCUACUCACAAAGACUCCACUGUGUUAGGGAAACUGUUGCUCAGAUCAAGUGAUGGUAUACAUGUGACUGAUGAAUUUGGUCGGACACCGUUACAUUUGGCUUGCAUGUAUGGCAGUGCUGAUGGUGUUAAAUUACUGUUGAAACAUGGGGCUGAGUUGACUGUGGACCAAGAAGGGGCAACUCCAUUUCAUUCUGCAUUGAAAUCAUCUAUUGACCAGAAGGAAAAGCUGAAGCUAUUGCUAGAUAAGAAUUCAACUAAUGAUGACAAUUUUAUCAACUUGACUGAUAACAUGAAGUGCACAGCUCUCCAUUAUGCUGCUCAACUCUCAGAUUCAGGUUGUGUGAAAAUGUUGGUAGAGGCCCAUGCUGACAUCAAUGUUCUGGAUGUCAGCAAACAGUCUUCUCUGUUUUAUGCUUCAAAAGCAGGUAUUCCGGAAUCAGUAGACAUUCUUUGUAAGAGCAAUGCCAUAAUAAGCAAAGACAUACAUGGUUUAGAACCAGUACAUUAUGCUGCUUAUGGCUGUGACCUUGAUGUUUUGAAAAUAUUCAUUCAAAAUGAUUGUAACACAUCAGUUUUGGACCACAAAGGGAGGACACUAUUACACUAUACAGUAACAAAUCUCAUCCAAGGGCAAACUGGUAUUGAGAGCAGAUUGGUGAAAAGGCGAUCUGUGAAUAGCAACAACAUGUUUCAGUGCAUACGCGAACUUAUUGCGACUGGUCUGAAUGUUAACAUUGUUGACAAAAAUGGUAGAUCCUGUGUCCUCGAUUCUACAGUAUGGCAGGGACUUGAUGUUGUCAGAUUGUUAUGUGAAAAUGGAGCAGAUAUCAACUGGAAAGACAAAUCUGACAGGUCGAUCAUUACAGAGUCUGCUGUGUCAAAAUUUGACAGUGCUGAAAAGAUUCAGUAUCUCAUGGGUAGCAAUUGUUUUAGAAAUAUUGAUGAUGAGAAACAGAAUGCUCUAUACAGUGCUGUUUUGAAGGAAGAUGAGGAAGCGUUUGAAGUUUUAGUUGACAAUGGCAUCACUAUUAAUCAAAGAAGACAUGAUGGGGCCACUUUACUACAUGAUGCAGCAAGGCAUGGACUACAGCACUUGGUUUCUCGACUCAUGAAAAGGGGAGCGAGUGUUAUAAGCCAAGAUGACAAUGGGGACACACCACUGCAUUUGUAUUUAAUGAAUGAUUUCCAUGAUGAUCAGCUGGUAGAAGACAUGAUUAAUUCUGACAAAAGCAUUGUGAGAAUAUCAAAUAAUAAGAAUCAGAGUUUAUUGCAUUUAGCGAUAGCACUUAGCUGUAGUAAGUGUAUAUCUGGAAUGAAAGGACCAGAUGCAAAUGCUGCUUUGAAGCAUGGUUCUGAACAAGUCUCUCUUCAUCUUUCUCAGGGAACAUCACACAGAUGUUCAACUACACAAAGGUUAAUCCGUCUUGGAGUCAGUGUAAUUAUGCAAGAUUACAAUGGUAACACAGCAUUGUCGCUUGCAGUGAUGCAUGGAUGUAAGACUUGUGUCAGCAUGCUGUGUGAUAAUAAUGCGGAUCCUAAAGUUGUAAAUAAGGAUGGCUACUCAGCUUUACACAUUUCACUGAACUAUCCAGGUGUUGCGCAUAACCACCAAGUGGCUGAAAUCAUGUGUGCACAAACAGAUAUUCAAGAUAAAACUGAGAGGAAUGAAACAUCCCUACACCUGGCAGUCUCUCAGAAGUGCUUUAAUUGUGUGACAUUCCUUCUUGAAAAUGGUUUAAUGAAUCAUAUAAACCAUCAAGACAGAGUGGGUGAUACAGCUCUACAUAUUGCUCUCCAACAUGAUACAUUACCCUCCUAUACUACUUUGGUGGAAGGUACUAAUUAUGGACAACAUGGAGACCACAGUCAUGUAAUAUUACAGGCAUUGAUUGAGAAGGGGGCAGACGCAUGUAUAAAAAUCAACAAAGAUAAAACACCUCUCCACUGUGCAGCAUUGCGACAGUGUAUAGAGUGUGUUAAGCUGUUGCUUCCAGUGUCAGAUGUAAAAGCCCAGAAUAGUGAUGGUAAUACAGCUUUACACUGUAGUUUGAUGUCUGAUAAACCCCACUCUCAUGAAGUAAUACAAGCACUGGUUGAGAAGGGAGCUGAUGUAGGAAUCAAGAACAAGGAGGGUGAAAUACCUCUCCACUGUGCUGCAAGUGAACAGUGUGUAGAGUGUGUUAAGCUGUUGCUUCCAGUGUCAGAUGUAAAUGCCCAGGAUAGUGAUGGUGAUACAGCUUUACACUGUAGUGUGUUGUCUGAUAAACCCCACUCUCAUGAAGUAAUACAUGCACUGGUUGAGAAGGGAGCUGAUGUAGGAAUCAAGAACAAGAAGGAUAAAACACCUCUCCACUGUGCAGCAAGGCGACAGUGUAUAGAGUGUGUUAAGCUGUUGCUUCCAGUGUCAGAUGUAAAAGCCCAGGAUAGUAAUGGUAAUACAGCUUUACACUGUAGUUUGUUGUAUAAGCUCCACUCUCAUGAAGUAAUACAAGCACUGGUUGAGAAGGGAGAUGAUGUGGGAAUCAAGAACAAGAAGGAUAAAACACCUCUCCACUGUGCAGCAAGGCGACAGUGUAUAGAGUGUGUUAAGCUGUUGCUUCCAGUGUCAGAUGUAAAUGCCCAGGAUAGUGAUGGUGAUACAGCUUUACACUGUAGUUUGUUGUCUGAUAAACCCCACUGUCAUGAAGUAAUACAAGCACUGGUUGAGAAGGGAGCUGAUGUAGGAAUCAAGAACAAGAAAGAUCAAACACCUCUCCACUGUGCAGCAAGGCGACAGUGCAUGGAGUGUGUUAAGCUGUUUCUUCCAGUGUCAGAUGUAAAUGCCCAGGAUAGUGAUGGUAAUACAGCUUUACACUGUAUUUUGUUGUCGUAUAUCUCCCACUCUCAUGAAGUAAUACAAGCACUGGUUGAGAAGGGAGCUGAUGUAGGAAUCAAGAACAAGAAGGAUAAAACACCUCUCCACUGUGCAGCAAGGCGACAGUGUAUAGAGUGUGUUAAGCUGUUGCUUCCAGUGUCAGAUGUAAAUGCCCAGGAUAGUGAUGGUAAUACAGCUUUACACUGUAUUUUGUUGUCGUAUAUCUCCCACUCUCAUGAAGUAAUACAAGCACUGGUUGAGAAGGGAGCUGAUGUAAGAAUCAAGAACAAGGAGGGUAAAACACCUCUCCACUGUGCAGCAAGGCAACAGUGUCUAGAGUGUGUUAAGCUGUUGCUUCCAGUGUCAGAUGUAAAUGCCCAGGAUAGUGAUGGUGAUACAGCUUUACACUGUAGUGUGUUGUCUGAUAAACCCCACUCUCAUGAAGUAAUACAAACACUGGUUGAGAAGGGAGCUGAUGUAGGAAUCAAGAACAAGAAAGAUCAAACACCUCUCCACUGUGCAGCAAGGCGACAGUGCAUGGAGUGUGUUAAGCUGUUUCUUCCAGUGUCAGAUGUAAAUGCCCAGGAUAGUGAUGGUAAUACAGCUUUACACUGUAGUUUGUUGUCUGAUGAAGGCCACUCUCAUGAAGUAAUACAAGCACUGGUUGAGAAGGGAGCUGAUGUAGGAAUCAAAAACAAGGAGGGUGAAACACCUCUCCACUGUGCUGCAAGUGAACAGUGUGUAGAGUGUGUUAAGCUGUUGCUUCCAGUGUCAGAUGUAAAUGCCCAGGAUAGUGAUGGUAAUACAGCUUUACACUGUAUUUUGUUGUCGUAUAUCUCCCACUCUCAUGAAGUAAUACAAGCACUGGUUGAGAAGGGAGCUGAUGUAGGAAUCAAGAACAAGGAGGGUAAAACACCUCUCCACUGUGCAGCAAGGCAACAGUGUCUAGAGUGUGUUAAGCUGUUGCUUCCAGUGUCAGAUGUAAAUGCCCAGGAUAGUGAUGGUGAUACAGCUUUACACUGUAGUUUGUUGUCUGAUAAACCCCACUCUCAUGAAGUAAUACAAACACUGGUUGAGAAGGGAGCUGAUGUAGGAAUCAAGAACAAGAAAGAUCAAACACCUCUCCACUGUGCAGCAAGGCGACAGUGCAUGGAGUGUGUUAAGCUGUUUCUUCCAGUGUCAGAUGUAAAUGCCCAGGAUAGUGAUGGUGAUACAGCUUUACACAGUAGUUUGUUGUCUGAUAAACCCCACUCUCAUGAAGUAAUACAAGCACUGGUUGAGAAGGGAGCUGAUGUAGGAAUCAAGAACAAGAAGGAUAAAACACCUCUCCACUGUGCAGCAAUGCGACAGUGUAUAGAGUGUGUUAAGCUGUUGCUUCCAGUGUCAGAUGUAAAUGCCCAGGAUAGUGAUGGUAAUACAGCUUUACACUGUAUUUUGUUGUCGUAUAUCUCCCACUAUCAUGAAGUAAUACAAGCACUGGUUGAGAAGGGAGCUGAUGUAGGAAUCAAGAACAAGGAGGGUGAAACACCUCUCCACUGUGCUGCAAGGCAACAGUGUAUAGAGUGUGUUAAGCGGUUUCUUCCAGUGUCAGAUGUAAAUGCCCAGGUUAGUGAUGGUAAUACAGCUUUACACAAUUGUUUUAUUUUCUCUGAUUAUAAACCCCACUCUCAUGAAGUAAUACAAGCACUGGUUGAGAAGGGAGCUGAUGUAGGAAUCAAGAACAAGGAGGGUGAAAUACCUCUCCACUGUGCUGCAAGUGAACAGUGUGUAGAGUGUGUUAAGCUGUUUCUUCCAGUGUCAGAUGUAAAUGCCCAGGAUAGUGAUGGUGAUACAGCUUUACACUGUAGUGUGUUGUCUGAUAAACCCCACUCUCAUGAAGUAAUACAAGCACUGGUUGAGAAGGGAGCUGAUGUAGGAAUCAAGAACAAGGAGGGUGAAAUACCUCUCCACUGUGCUGCAAGUAAACAGUGUGUAGAGUGUGUUAAGCUGUUUCUUCCAGUGUCAGAUGUAAAUGCCCAGGAUAGUGAUGGUGAUACAGCUUUACACAGUAGUGUGUUGUCUGAUGAAGGCCACUGUCAUGAAGUAAUACAAACACUGGUUGAGAAGGGAGCUGAUGUAGGAAUCAAGAACAAGGAGGGUGAAACACCUCUCCACUGUGCAGCAAGGCGACAGUGUAUAGAGUGUGUUAAGCUGUUGCUUCCAGUGUCAGAUGUAAAUGCCCAGGAUAGUGAUGGUGAUACAGCUUUACACAGUAGUGUGUUGUCUGAUGAAGGCCACUGUCAUGAAGUAAUACAAACACUGGUUGAGAAGGGAGCUGAUGUAGGAAUCAAGAACAAGGAGGGUGAAAUACCUCUCCACUGUGCUGCAAGUAAACAGUGUGUAGAGUGUGUUAAGCUGUUGCUUCCAGUGUCAGAUGUAAAUGCCCAGGAUAGUGAUGGUGAUACAGCUUUACACUGUAGUGUGUUGUCUGAUGAAGGCCACUGUCAUGAAGUAAUACAAACACUGGUUGAGAAGGGAGCUGAUGUAGGAAUCAAGAACAAGGAGGGUGAAAUACCUCUCCACUGUGCUGCAAUUGAACAGUGUGUAGAGUGUGUUAAGCUGUUGCUUCCAGUGUCAGAUGUAAAUGCCCAGGAUAGUGAUGGUGAUACAGCUUUACACAGUAGUUUGUUGUCUGAUAAACCCCACUCUCAUGAAGUAAUACAAGCACUGGUUGAGAAGGGAGCUGAUGUAGGAAUCAAGAACAAGAAGGAUAAAACACCUCUCCACUGUGCAGCAAGGCAACAGUGUCUAGAGUGUGUUAAGCUGUUGCUUCCAGUGUCAGAUGUAAAUGCCCAGGAUAGUGAUGGUGAUACAGCUUUACACUGUAGUGUGUUGUCUGAUGAAGGCCACUGUCAUGAAGUAAUACAAACACUGGUUGAGAAGGGAGCUGAUGUAGGAAUCAAGAACAAGAAAGAUCAAACACCUCUCCACUGUGCAGCAAGGCGACAGUGCAUGGAGUGUGUUAAGCUGUUUCUUCCAGUGUCAGAUGUAAAUGCCCAGGAUAGUGAUGGUGAUACAGCUUUACACUGUAGUUUGUUGUCUGAUAAACCCCACUCUCAUGAAGUAAUACAAGCACUGGUUGAGAAGGGAGCUGAUGUAGGAAUCAAGAACAAGAAGGAUAAAACACCUCUCCACUGUGCAGCAAGGCAACAGUGUCUAGAGUGUGUUAAGCUGUUGCUUCCAGUGUCAGAUGUAAAUGCCCAGGAUAGUGAUGGUGAUACAGCUUUACACUGUAGUGUGUUGUCUGAUAAACCCCACUCUCAUGAAGUAAUACAAGCACUGGUUGAGAAGGGAGCUGAUGUAAGAAUCAAGAACAAGGAGGGUAAAACACCUCUCCACCAUGUCCACUGUGCUGCAAGUGAACAGUGUGUAGAGUGUGUUAAGCUGUUGCUUCCAGUGUCAGAUGUAAAUGCCCAGGAUAGUGAUGGUGAUACAGCUUUACACUGUAGUGUGUUGUCUGAUAAACCCCACUCUCAUGAAGUAGUACAAGCACUGGUUGAGAAGGGAGCUGAUGUAGGAAUCAAGAACAAGGAGGGUGAAACACCUCUCCACUGUGCAGCAAGGCAACAGUGUCUAGAGUGUGUUAAGCUGUUGCUUCCAGUGUCAGAUGUAAAUGCCCAGGAUAGUGAUGGUGAUACAGCUUUACACAGUAGUGUGUUGUCUGAUGAAGGCCACUGUCAUGAAGUAAUACAAACACUGGUUGAGAAGGGAGCUGAUGUAGGAAUCAAGAACAAGAAAGAUCAAACACCUCUCCACUGUGCAGCAAGGCGACAGUGCAUGGAGUGUGUUAAGCUGUUUCUUCCAGUGUCAGAUGUAAAUGCCCAGGAUAGUGAUGGUGAUACAGCUUUACACUGUAGUUUGUUGUCUGAUAAACCCCACUCUCAUGAAGUAAUACAAGCACUGGUUGAGAAGGGAGCUGAUGUAGGAAUCAAGAACAAGAAGGAUAAAACACCUCUCCACUGUGCAGCAAGGCAACAGUGUCUAGAGUGUGUUAAGCUGUUGCUUCCAGUGUCAGAUGUAAAUGCCCAGGAUAGUGAUGGUGAUACAGCUUUACACUGUAGUGUGUUGUCUGAUAAACCCCACUCUCAUGAAGUAAUACAAGCACUGGUUGAGAAGGGAGCUGAUGUAAGAAUCAAGAACAAGGAGGGUAAAACACCUCUCCACCAUGUCCACUGUGCUGCAAGUGAACAGUGUGUAGAGUGUGUUAAGCUGUUGCUUCCAGUGUCAGAUGUAAAUGCCCAGGAUAGUGAUGGUGAUACAGCUUUACACUGUAGUGUGUUGUCUGAUAAACCCCACUCUCAUGAAGUAGUACAAGCACUGGUUGAGAAGGGAGCUGAUGUAGGAAUCAAGAACAAGGAGGGUGAAACACCUCUCCACUGUGCUGCAAGGCAACAGUGUAUAGAGUGUAAUGAUAUGAUUCUGGUAGAUUGACAU